CACAGGGUGCGGGUCAUGAUGCCCGGAAUCCUCCUUCUGCUGCUCUCGGGGGCCCUGGCCCUGACCGAGACCCGGGCGGGCUCGCACUCCUUGAGGUAUUUCAGCACCUCCGUGUCCCGGCCCGGCCGCGGGGAGCCCCGCUUCAUCUCCGUGGGCUACGUGGACGACACGCAGUUCCUGCGGUUCGACAGUGACGCGGCGAGUCCGAGGAUGGAGCCGCGAGCGCCGUGGGUGGAGCAGGAGGGGCCGGAGUAUUGGGACCGGGAGACGCGGAACGCCGAGGGCCACGCACAGACUCACCGAGAGAACCUGCGGACCCUGCUCCGCUACUACAACCAGAGCGAGGCCGGGUCUCACACCAUCCAGAGGGUGUUUGGCUGCGACCUGGGGCCCGACGGGCGCCUCCUCCGCGGAUAUAACCAGCACGCCUACGAUGGCAAGGAUUACAUCGCCCUGAACCAGGACCUGCGCUCCUGGACCGCGGCGGACACUGCGGCUCAGAUCACCCAGCGCAAGUGGGAGGCAUGCGGUGAGGCGGAGGAGUGGAGCGUCUACCUGGAGGGCGAGUGCCUGGAGUGGCUCCGCAGAUACUUGGAGAAAGGGAAGGAGACGCUACAGCGCGCGGAUCCCCCAAAGACACACGUGACCCACCACCCCGUCUCUGACCAUGAGGCCACCCUGAGGUGCUGGGCCCUGGGCUUCUACCCUGCGGAGAUCACACUGACCUGGCAGCGGGAUGGGGAGGACCAAACUGAAGACACCCAGCUUGUGGAGACCAGGCCCGCAGGGGAUGGAACCUUCCAGAAGUGGGCAGCUGUGGUGGUGUCUUCUGGAGAAGAGCAGGGAUACACGUGCCAUGUGCAGCAUGAGGGGCUGCCGGAGCCUCUCACCCUGAGAUGGGAGCCAUCUUCCCAGUCCACCAUCCCCAUCGUGGGCAUCGUUGCUGGCCUGGCUGUCCUAGCCUUUUUGGUCACCGGAGCUGUGGUCGCUGCUGUGAUGUGGAGGAGGAAGAGCUCAGGUGGAAAAGGAGGGAGCUACUCUCAGGCUGCGUGUAAGUGGUGGGGGUGGGUGUGUGGAGGAGCUCACCCACCCCAUAAUUCCUCCUGUCCCACGUCUCCUGCGGGCUCUGACCAGAUGCUGUUUUUGUUCUACCCCAGC